UGGUAGAGUCAUGACACAAUAUCAGUGAAGAAGAAACUAUGGCGAACGAUACAUCAUCUGAUUCUGAUAAUGAAAUUAUCGGAGCACGAGUAAAGCUCUUUGGACAUGAAAAACCGAUACAUCAAGUUCUUGGAGGAGGAAAAGUGGCAGAUAUACUGUUAUGGAGGGACAGAAAUUUAUCAGCUGCGCUUUUGGGAGGGAUGACAGUGAUAUGGUUUCUAUUUGAGAUUGUUGAGUACAAUUUCGUGACUCUCCUUUGUCACAUUUCCAUCACCACCAUGCUUGUGCUAUUCAUAUGGUCCACAGCUGCAGAUAUAUUCAAAUGGAAACCUCCCCAGAUUCCAGAUAUUAUUUUACAAGAAUCUUUCUUCCAAGAUCUUGCUUUCAUUCUCCACAGAAGAUUCAACCAGUUACUACCAAUGCUCCUCCAUAUUUCAUGUGGAAUAGACCUGCCAAUCUUUCUUCUGAACAUUGUGUCCCUCUAUAUUUUCUCAGUGAUUGGAAGCUACUUCAGCUUUGUCAAUCUGCUAUAUAUUGGUUUCCUGUGCGUGCACACGCUGCCAAUUGUGUAUGAACGAUAUGAGGAAGAAAUCAACAAUUGGGUGAGCGAUAUUAUAAUCGUUCUCAGAAAAAACUACAGGAGCUUUAAGAAGAACUACCUCAACAGAAUUCCCAGAGGACCAGUGAAGCCAAAGAAAACUCAAUAAACUGUUACACUUACACUCAUCCCAACUUCAAAAUAUAGAUAUUGUGCAUUACAUAAAUAGCUGCUAUGAGAGAUACAAUGGUUAUCACCAGAAAAACAUACAUAAGAUGUUUAAGUUUCUCUCCAAAAAAGCCAUACAAUGUAAUAAUUUUAUUUUUCAUACAUGUCCAAUUGUGUUAUUCAAUGGUGUUUACACGGAUUGUGUGUGAUAUACUUUUCAAUGAAAUCUAAUUGUUAUACUUUUCUUCACUAAACAAUAUAUCGUGCGU